CGGCGCCAAAUCGUCGAAGUAUCGGCUCGCCACCGUCGGGAUGACCAUGCAACCAAAAACUUCCACAUUAAUCCGGAUUCCGAUUUAUCAUCGUUCGAUCCCUCUUUUUCUGUUUCUUCUUCCACUUCUCUUCCUCGCUUUUGAUCCUACUUUCCCCUCGUCGGGAAGAUUCUCAACAGAUGAAUUCGGAUACUCUUUUUUGAGAGACUUAUUUUCUUCUAAUUGAAUCUGAUCUAUUGGAUUUCACAUGUGUUUUUAUUAAUCUAGAGAUAUGAGUUGCUACAGAAGAUCCAAGUUUUCAUUUGAUGCAUUUCGGAACCUGUCCUCAAAGAUUUUUCCCAAGGAUAUAAUUCGAGAUCAUCCUAGGUCAAGAAUUUCCCAAAAGGGCUCUUCGUUUACGGCUGGGAAACAGUCUAAUUCUUAUGGUUUCCAACCGGCUUCUCCAAUAAUACGAAGAUUUGGUCAGCAAGUUGGAGAGAAUAGGAGGCUAUACAAUCCCUUCUUGGGUGAUUCCAAGAGAUUUUACUAUGUUGAUCGCUACCGCGUCCAGCAUUUUAAGCCCAGAGGACCUCGGCGAUGGUUUCAAGAUCCAAAAACUGUAAUGAUAGUCGUGUUUGUGGGUUCUGGAGUAUUUGUCACUGUGUAUUAUGGGAAUUUAGAAACCAUACCUUAUACAAAACGAAGGCAUUUUGUGAUCUUGUCCAGAGCUAUGGAGAGGAGGCUGGGAGAGUCGCAAUUUGAGCAGAUGAAGGCAGCUUUUAAGGGUAAAAUAUUGCCGGCCGUACACCCAGAAAGUGUGAGGGUAAGAUUGAUAGCUAAGGAUAUAAUUGAGGCAUUACAAAGAGGGUUGAAGCAAGAGAAUGUGUGGAGUGAUUUGGGCUAUGCAUCAGAGGCUGUGAUAGGAGCACCUGAAGGCAGUGGCCAUGAGACAUUGAUGGCGCUUAGCGAUGCCGGGGCCGAGAGGGUGGAAAGUAAAUGGUCCCGCGAAGAUGAGAUUCUUGAUGACAAAUGGGUUGAACGCAGUAGAAAGAAGGGUCAGGAACAGGGGUCCCAAGCAGAUACCUCGCAUUUGGAAGGAUUGAAUUGGGAAGUCUUGGUGGUCAAUGAACCGGUUGUUAAUGCAUUCUGCUUGCCCGGUGGGAAGAUCGUUGUCUUCACUGGCUUGCUCGAGCACUUUAGAAGUGAUGCAGAAAUUGCAACUAUUAUUGGUCAUGAGGUUGGGCAUGCUGUGGCUCGACAUGCUGCAGAGGGUAUCACAAAGAACCUGGGGUUUGCCAUUUUACAAAUUAUCCUUUAUCAGUUCGUCAUGCCUGAUAUUGUCAACACUAUGUCAGCUCUUUUCUUGAGGCUUCCAUUCUCUAGACGGAUGGAAAUGGAAGCGGAUUACAUUGGUCUGCUUUUGAUAGCCUCCGCUGGAUAUGACCCUAGGGUUGCACCCACAGUAUACGAGAUGUUGGGUAAGGUAACCGGUGACUCGGCUCUGAGAGAUUAUCUUUCUACUCAUCCAUCUGGAAAGAAGAGAGCUCAGUUGCUAGCUCAAGCCAAGGUUAUGGAGGAAGCACUUAGCGUUUACAGAGAAGUAAGAGCCGGUGGUGGGGUUGAAGGCUUCCUAUAGGACUCCCAAAACUGCCCUAGAAAUUCAAAACAAGUUGAUGCUGAGUGGAAGUAGAUAGACUUUCCUCCUGUAUAUUGUGCUAUUAAUUGUUUAAGCAUGAUAUUAGAUUUAUAAUUUUUUUUUUUUAUUUCAGCCAUAUGAUCAAAUGUUUCAGUGAUAUCUGGGAGUUGAUUUACUUGCUUUAGACUUUUCUCCUGAAAACCCCUUUACCCUUCCACCAGGUUGAAUUAGCGAUAUCCAUAGAAACUUGUUAUUUUAAAAGAAUGAAACUACAAUAACACUCACGGUGAAUUUGGGAUA